CGUCAGAGCGGCGCGUCGGUCGCUUGGCAGUGCUUCGCGUCAACCGGACUCGAACGCAACGCCGCCACAGCGAGCCGACGCUCCACCAACCCACCCUUUUCCGCUCCACCCCGUUUCUCAGGCACAGCCGUAGCCACAUCCACUGGCACUGGCACUGCCGUUCUUAUUAGAUUUUAUGGCGGCUCCGACUUAGAACACAAACAACAAGCACAAGCACAAGCACAUCGACGGUCGGUCGGUCGGCCGCGCCUUUGGCCGUUUCAGUUGCCAUCCGUUUCUUCGUUCUCGCGCCGUUAGAAUCGCACUGUGGCGCAGUCGCUCCUCUGCCGACGUCGCUGCCACUGGCUGACUUAUUGGCUUUAAGCGAAUUUGAACGUCGCUCGAACUUUUAUUCAACGUGUUGGAUUCAUCGUGUGAGCAACUCUGAAUCGCUACAAAUGCGCAGCGGAAACUGAAAACUGAAAAACACAAACCAAAAACACAAAACGAAAACACAAAAUCCCCCUGAAAAAUACAAACUAAGCCCCCAAAAUAAUCCGCGAUACGCAAGUGUUAAAUGCGAUAUUGAAGAAAAACGUACAUAGUAAUACAUAUAAAUAAUAUCGCCUUAAAAUCUAAGAGAUUUAAUAAUAUUUUUUUGAAGUGUUGAACCCAUUAAGUGCUUUAAACGACGACAACAACAACUACCAAAAUGCCUUGCAAAAGCAUCACGCUUUAGUGGUACAAAACCAAGUGUUACAAGUCCCCCCACCCACCCUUUUCGCAAAGCCCCCAUUCAAAACUGAUAGCAAGGGAGGCCCAAACAGGUGUCCGCCUGCCGAAAGGCCAACGAAACGCACCAGCGACAAUCAGAUGGGCAGAACUGCUCUUGGAGCAAGAGAGAGAUUUCCCAGCAGCUCAGCUCAGAGCUCAGUGUGGUGCAGACCGGCGAUUCUUGCAUUUAUUGAUUCGAUGCCGAUGUGAAGGGAGGUGCCGGCUGUCCGACGUUCAACGCAUUGCAUUCGCUCGGCCUUAGCGCUCUGAGCAACAACAAAAGUCGGGGAUCUGAGCCGAUGGAACCGAUGGAUCGACCUUACUCCUCUGCCGCCGGCCCCCUAAGAACCCCAAUCCCAAUCGAACCGAAGGAAACAACACUCUAGACAGCAAAGACUCCUCGAGUUUGACAUGUGAUAAGCAAAAAAGUGAAAAGUGUGUGCCUCUAAAAUCCAAUAUAUAAUAUAUAUACAAAUACACAUAUACACAAGAGAUAUAUAGAACAAACAACUUUUUGAACAGUCCAACAAAACAAAUGCAACGCGUAGGCCUUUAACUGUGAUUUAACAAUACAUACAUAGCAAACAAACGAAAAAAAAAAACAAAAAACCCCAGUUUGUUACGAUUAAUUUUAGUUCGGUUUAGUUUUCGUUUUAUUUACCGUGCGUGCAACCGUCGACGUCGACCAUGUUCAAUUCCAACAUACCGGCCUCCUCGCUGCUGAGCAUCGACAGCGGCGGCCUCCUGAUGGGCGGCCAUACGCCGAAGACGCCAGAGAUCCUCAACUCGCUAAUUGCCAUGACCAAUCCGCUGGAGAACUUUAGCUACAGUUCAGCAGCGGCGGCCGCGGCGGCAGUUUCCGUCGCAUCCUCAUCUGCAUCCUGCAGUGCCGCCUCCACGCCGGUGGUCACCGUGCGCCACUUCAACGGCCAUCCCAAUGGUCAGUCGCACUCGCAGGACAGCAGUCAUUCCAGUUGCUCCGGAUCACCGCUCGACUCCCCAGCGGGCACGGCCACCACACCAAGCGUGCAACAGACCUGUUCGCGCCUGAUCAAGGAGGGCCUGAAGCUGUCCAUCCAGAGCAAGCGCAAGCUGUCCACCUGCGACUCAAGCUCCGGAUCGGAGCAGCCGCACUCCAAGUACUCGCGACGCAGUAGCAACCACAACGGGCACAGCGGCAGCAGCAACAACUACAGCGGCAGCAUGAGCAACGCCAACGAUUUGGACGACGACUGCGAGGAGUCCAGCGACGACGACAGCGAAACCAAGUCACAGCCCAAGGGACUAACUCCGGAGGACGAGGACAGACGGCGAAGGCGCCGCGAGCGGAAUAAGAUUGCGGCCACCAAGUGCCGAAUGAAGAAGCGCGAACGCACACAAAACCUGAUCAAGGAGUCGGAGGUCCUGGACACCCAAAACGUGGAGCUAAAGAACCAAGUGCGUCAGCUGGAAACCGAACGGCAAAAGUUGAUGGACAUGCUGAAAUCGCACGGAUGCCAGCGAGCCGGAGGCUGCCAGCUGCCCAGCCAACUGCUCCAAUCGCCGGCCCAGAAAUAUCUCAGCGAACUGGAACUGGAAACGGUGAGCAUCGACGGUCCCAACUCCGGUAACAACAACCAGCGGCUGCAGAGCAUACCCUCGAUGGCCACCUUCAAGUAUGGCUCAAAAACGGCGGCGGCCAUGGCCCAACAACUGCCCAAUGGCUACUGCAAGCCUUCGCCCAGCGCCCAGGAAUUCGAGCACGCCGGCUACCAGCAGCAGCAGCAACAGCAGCCACAGUCCCUGAAUCCCGCCGGCAACAACGUGGUUGACCAGCAGCAGGCCAAUCCCAGUCCCAGUCUGCUUUCCGACUACGUUCCCAACUGCGACGGCCUGACUGGCAGUGCCAGCAGCCACCCCAAUCACAACAACAACAACAGCAGCAGCGGCGCCAGCACCAACACCAGCAAUAACAACAGCAACAUCAGCAGCCACAGCAGCAACGCCACUAGCAGUACAACGCCCACCGCCACCAGCAGCGCCAUUGAGUUCGUGAAGAACGAGCUGGUGGACUCGCAGAGUCCCUACACCACCGCCCUCAGUGCGGAAAGGUUCUUGUUCGAGCCCAGCGAUGGCUUUCCGGACAUCAAGCACGCCUGUGUUUUGCCCUCGCCCUGCGGCAUCAAUGGCCUCAACAUGGCCAGUGUGGUGAACACGAACGGGAGCACCGGCAACAAUAAUAACAGCCACCAUAAUAAUAAUAACAACAACAACAAUCACCUGAUGGACUUCCACCAGGGCCUGCAGCAUGGCAACAUUGGGGCCGGAGUGGGCGUUGGCGUCGGAGUUGGUGUGGGAGUGGGAGUCGGAGUGGGCGUGAUGACGCCCUACGAUGACGAGCAGUUGCUGCUGCUGAAGAAUGGAUGCUUUGCCACCGAUCUGCUGUCGCAACUAGUGGAGGAGGGCGGCGAGUAUGUCGACCUGGACUCAGCCACUGCCUUCAUGAACAACGGCAGUUGCCUGGCGUGAGGAAGGGCGCCGGACAGGGAGCGGGAUCGAGACCGCGACCUGCUGCUUCCAGCCUUCGAACAGCCAAACACUCAGCAACAGCAGCAAGCAGUCCAAUACCCGGCCGGGAAGGAAGAGCCACCGGCCAGUCCACAGCUUGAUGGGCAGGUUCAACUCGAACUCGAAAUGGAGCUGCAACUCGGAGAGGAGCAGGAUCCGGCUUGGACUCAUGUAGACUACUGGUGCUAGGGCAUCAUCAUCCACACAUUAAUGUUAAUCUUAAACGCCACUCAUCGACUAAGCAGGAGUACAGUAAAAAAAAGCCGCAGUUCCCUUCAAACCCCAACAACCAAUCCGUAGCGCAGAUCCCAUUUCAUUCAAUGCGAUCCCUGUUAUCAGUUAUAUAACUAAAACUUUCUUUCUUUCAAAAUCAAAGCCAGAUAUUUCUUCCUAGCCUACAACUCUCUUACAUAGAAUUGAAAGCAGACCACAGAUAAUUUUUUGAGCCACUUGCUUUUCGGAUUCUUUUAUCCUAAGCAAACUUUAAAUCGCUACUAUUUAACACACGCAAUCCAAGAUCUUCCAAUAGCAGAGUUCCCCUCAAAGGUCUGGAUCCCGCGAUUCAAUCAAGGACCACUCGAAUAAAAUCCCCAACCCGAGAUACAUCCCCGCCCCCAAGAACCCCCAUACCUUGAUCCCAAGUCCGCCUGGAGCCGGCAUCCAGCCUGUGGCUUGACUACCUCAUGAAGCAAGAAGCAGAAACAAUUAACAAGUAACUAUCAUUAAAGAGCUGUAAGGAGUAAGGUGUAAAGAGCGUAGAACAAUGGACAAAAGGCAGAAACAAAAGCAGAAGCAGAAACGAGAGCACACAAACACACGCGCAGCGGUGAAAGAAACACUUGCACAACUGUACAUAACCAAAUUUUUAUACAUUAACUAGGUAUAUCGAUUAACAUUCCAUUGCAAGCCUGCGAGAAAAGCAAGUCGAGGGAAGAAGAGCAGUAAUCAACUGCUAGCAGUCACAUCCGCAUCAGUAAUUAUUAAUUUUAAUUUGUUCGAUUCUUUCAAGCAUACAUAGAUUUGUUUGCUCUUUGCUCCCAUCAAAGCCUUAACCAUUACAUAUAUUAAUAUGCUUAUAAAUGUAUAAACAAUCGAGAGAUUAGAGAGAAAUAUUCGAGAUGAGAAGCAGAAGCAGUAACAGAAGGAGGAAGCCCAUGCGAUAUGACGUUUGAUAUUUUUUUCUAAAACCUAGGCUUAGUCAGUGAUAAACCCAAUAUGUAUAUAUACCGCAUAUAUAUACAGACUUAUAUAUACAUUUAUGAAUUUUUGUUUUUUUUUUGUGUCCAUAAAUCGUAAGCUAUGUUUAAAAAAAUAAGUAAAAUUGCCUUACUCAAACAUUAAAUCGACAAAAAAAAAAAGAUCUUUGAAUUGACCACUAAACCUAAAUUACUAAUCUACACUUUGUUAAAUCUUUUGCAAAACUAAUCUAUAUAUACCAGAACAACAAAAUAUAUAAUUAUAAUAUAUAUACAAGAGAUAUAUGGAGAAAGAUGAAAUGUAUUAUGUAUAAAUUGGUGGAAUCGAAGACCUUAAAGUGCUGCUAAAUUUGAAACUUUACAACUCCUUCUAACGUGCGCCUUAUUAAAAUUUUGUAAUUUAUACUAUAUACAUAUGGUAGGAAAAGUCGAGGGAUAUAUAUAUGUAUAUAUAUAUACAAGCGUGUACUAAAUCGAGGUUAAACUUAUAUUUGUGUGUUUAUUGCUUGAUUAACGAGAUAUAUACAUAAUUAUACACAGAUAAAGCAGUUAAUUAUAUAUACAAGUGUGUGUACAAACAGCUGUGAACACCAAAAAGUGGCCUAAAGGAGAAUCCAAACAAAACCCAAACAAAAGUAAUUCCCCCAACAAGUGCUUUGAAAUUAUUUCGUAUUUGUAAUUGCCUCGAGCUGAAAAGAGUUAACCAACGAUACCGAUAAACGAUAAGCGAUAUAAGUAUAUCUAUGUUAAAUACGCAAACUAUUUAUAACAUGUAACGAACCCGAUGAGCUUGUCAAGCUUUUUGAGCACCGCCUUUUUCUCUAGAUCUACCAAGUCUACCAUAAUGUUAUGUCACCACGAUACUUCUCAAAUAACACUCAAGAAUGCGUGCCUAAUUGUCCCAAUUGUACGAUAUUCACGCAUACAACCGACAAAAAGCCUUUCCAUUGGAAAUGAAACUUUAAGAUUAAAAAUUGUAUUGAGCAUACCUUAAGAAAAGUUUACCUCACACACACAGAAACACUCGCACACAACACGACACAACAAACACACACACACAUAGAAGGAACCCUAGAAAAUUGUAGGGUGGGACUUCGCUCGCCGACAAUUGAUAUUACAUACAAUACGUUCAGCUUCCAACAAAAUUACCCAAAAUAUACAAAAACAAAAAAAAAAACAAAAAAAAAUACUUUAACAAAGUUUUAACAACUCAGGUCAGGCGAGCGGAGCGCUGCCAGGGUUGCCACCACAUUCGAUGUUAAAUGUAAUUCGUAACUGUAAAUGUUAACUGUAACUGUAAUGGCAAAAUGCAAUCAAGUCCACGAUGUUAGCCCCGCUUGUAAAGAUUAUUUUAUUUAUUUUUGUAUUAUUUCCCAAGUUGUUCUUUGUUUUCGAUUAAUGUUCUCUAAUAUAUAUAUAUCUAAAAUAUGACCAUAACGAGUGGCGUUUCAGUUCUUGAGUUUUGGGAUUGGGGACUCUCUUCUGCCAGCAGCUGAAAUAAUAGCGGAAAUAUCCUUUAAUUAAUAGAGCAUUGUAGGAGUAGAUCAACAUCAUCGGAACAACAGAACACCACCAUCCAUCGCUCUCACCCACGCAGGACUCAUCGAUUCUUUAGUGGCGCAUCUGCAUUUUCCCCACCUUGACCUUGACCUCGACCUCGAACUCUGACCUUGACCUGGGCCCGGACCCUCAUUCUUAGCUUUUAGUUUUAGGUUACACAAUGUUUUUUUCGACGAAAACUAAAUAACUUAAACACAACAUGCGCUACAAAAGUACCUGGACAAAUGUAACGAUACACGAUAAACAAUAACAAUAGAUCAGUCUUUGUUAUUACAUUGAAAAACGAAAUCGAUACCCGAACUCAGCUGCAGGCAGAAACGGGAAACACAAUCCAAUCCCCAUGAAAACCCAAAAAAGCCGACAAGAAGGUCCGUUUAAUUGUAUAGCUCUAGGCCUAUAAUAUAUAUCCAUGUAUAUUGCUAAAGAUAUUGAUAUAAUUAAUGAAAUUUAAAUGUGUAUAUGUCCCGCAAACCGCAAGAGCAAACAACAAAGAAACCUCCCACAAACUGUGCUAAAACAAACGUAAGAAAUAAUAAUACUAAAAAAAGUGUCGGGAUAGUCUAGUUGAUAUUUGUGUAAUUUUGACCAGAGCAAAACUACACGAGAAAUAGAUCUAGCUGACUAACGAUGUGAAAGCCAAACAAAAGGAUCAAGAGCAAAACAGCUAAACUGCAAAACAGCAAAACCGCAACGAAGCCCAAUCAAUUCUAUGUGUAACAGAAGGAUAGUUGAUAGUCGAUAAUGUUAACUCUCUCAUCCCCCAAGUCCAUCAAUCCAUACACCGUGUGUUUCAUAUUAUUCCGUAGCCUACCUAUCUACGUAUGUAUCUCUAACGCUCGCUGUAUCCACAUAUAUCUGUAUCUCUAACUGUAUCUGUAAACCAUCACCGAUCCGACCACAACAGAUCACACUCUAAAAGAACAACAAUAAAUUCAAGUUUAAUAUUCAA